GGAGUAGUUUGGGUAUCUUUAGCUGAGAGGGAAAGAAAGGCCGAGGGGACAGGAGAGCCAAUAUGGGGAAGGAUGUCCCACUGAGGAGAAAAGGGCAAGUUUUUCCUGCUACUCUGGAGACUAAAAUGGAAAGCAGUUGAUUCACAUUGUGGGAAAGAAGCUUCCAACUAAACAUUGGGAAGCAUUUCUGGAUGGCAAGAGCAGUUCAGCCGUGGAAGCCUGGUCCCUUCUCAGGAGCCUCCCUUCCCAAGCCCUGGCCUUCCACUUCCGGGGACUCCAUGUCCCAGAAUCCCUGAUCUUGGGCCAAGGCAGCUGAGGCUUCUGGGUGCUAAAGUCCAAGAAAUCCCAGAGGAAUAGAGUUUGGGAAUCCCUGCUCAAGAGAGUGGAGGGAAUAAUGAUAAUAAUAGUAAUAGUAAUAACUUUAUUUCUAACCCUCCCUCUCUCCCCAAAGGGAAUGGCUCUCUUGGACUACAACGCCCAGAAACCCUCCUGGCAUGAGGGUUGGAGGAACCUGGGAGUUCUAUCCCAAGACAAAUAUCUCCCAAGUCCUUGAGGAGGAGGCGGGGGAGGGGGAGGCGGCAGCCUUGGCCUAGGACUGAGACACGAGGAAUCCCCGAAGCCAGCGGGUUGGGAGAGACCCCAAGGGCCACCCAGCCCCACCCCCUUCUGCCAGGCAGGGAAACACAAUCCAAAUCCUCCCCCAAAGACUCUAAAAUCAAUGUGUUGUCAAAGGCUUUCAUGGCCGGGAUCACAGGGUUGUUGUAUGUCUUUCGGGCUGUGUGGCCAUGUUCCAGAAGCAUUCUCUCCUGACAUUUCGCCCACAUCUAUGGCAGGCAUCCUCAGAGGUUAAAAUCAGUAAAUAAAAAUCAACACUCAAAAAAUGAGAAUUGCAGGCAUGAAACAAUGGGUCAGCUAACACCUCCCAACAAAGGAUUCCCCCAGGCAGAAAGCAGGCAGGCUUUAAAAAUGAAAUUCAGUGUCAAUCAAGGUGGCCAGCUGCAACAUUCACACUUGCCUCAGGCAGACAAGAGUUCUUUCUCCCACCCUUGUCAUUACACAGAUAUAUAAACCCCACGUGCCUAGUUUCCAACAGACCUCCAUUAUGAAAACGGGUGCCUUUUGGGAGAUUGGAAUGGAGUGAUUUCACCAAAGAAAGACAAACUCUCGGGGAGGGGGAUGCAAAGAAUAUACUGUAUAUACGCAAGUAUAAGCCUCUCCUCCUUUCCCGUGCAGCGCACGCCUUCCUCUCCUCGGCACUCGUCUUUCCCACUUUUCUUUAUUCGUAUACACACUGCAUUUCCCCCAAAAUGUAUAGUUAAAAUAAACUAUGGUGAUUAUUGGAAGAAUAUAUAAGCACAUUUACAUUGAAGAAGCUUAGAAUAAUAAUUUAAUCACAGUUGGAAAGUCUUAAAUUGCAGUUGUAUGUAAAUAUUCAAAAACAUUUAACCUUCUGAUGCCUCCAUUAAUUUUAUUGCUAUCUAUUUUUAUUUUGAAAUGUACCAGUACCUGCUGCAUUUCCCACCCCGUCUUAUACUUAAGUCAAUAGUUUUUCCCAGUUUUUUGUGUUAAAUUAGGUGCCUCGGCUUUUACUCGAGUAUAUACAGUACACAAUUUUCAGAAAGACAAAAUACUUUCUCUAGAAUGGAAAAGAUAUGGAUAUCUGCCAAACUCAAAACCUGUUCAAAAGACAGAACUCCUACCCAAAACUAUCUCAGAUCAUAAUCCAGUGACUCUAGUAAUUAAAAAGGAAGUAAAAAAUGGCCCUUCCCCAUUUCGGCCUAUUUCGGCACAUGUUGCACUUUGCCUGGGUUCUAUGAAUUAGACUCCAGUGUUAAUAUUGUAUGUUUUAUGUUGAUUUAACGAUUGUUUUUACUGUAAUUGAUGUUUUUAUUGGAUAACUGUUUUAUUGCUGUGUUUUGAUAUUUGAUUGUUUUAUCGGGCAAGGCCCCAUGUAAGCCGCCCCGAGUCCCUUCGGGGAGAUGGGGCGGGGUAUAAAAAUAAAGUUAUUAUUAUUAUUAUUAAAAACACUUAGAUGGCAGCUGAAUGAAUCACUACUGCAAAAGGAGGACGUAAUUGAGAAUUUGAAAGAAAAACUGAAAGAAUAUUUGGAACUUAAUUUAAAUCAAGUUACAGAUAUUCAAACAGUAUGGGAUGCCAGUACAGCUUAUAUUAGAGGAUACUUUAUAAAAUGCAACACUGAAAUGAGAAAGAAUAGACAGAAAUAUUUUCAGAUAAUUUCAGAUGAUAUUAAAAAAAGAAGAGGAGUUAAAGAAAAAUCCUUUGAAUUCAAACAUUCUAACUCAGAUAAAACUCCUACAAAAGCAAUUAUUGUGUUACUAGUUAAUGAAUUGGAAACUAAAAUAAAGAAUGCAAAAAAAAAUAUUUUGAAUCAGCUAACAAACCAAGGAAAUAGUUAGCAUAUACGUUGAGGAAAGAAAGCCCAAAAAUGUAAUUGUCAAUUCUUUAUUUAUGUAUUUAUUUAUUUAUGACAUUUCUACCUGCCUUUCUCUACCCUGAAGGGGACUUACUGUUAAGAUACAACAUGACGAUAAAAUAUUAAUAGAUGAUAUCAAUAUUCAACAGGCUUUAAAACAUUAUUACAUUAAUUUAUAUAAGGCUGACCACAUAUCUCUACAAGACAUUGAGAAUAAUUUAAUUCAGCGAAAGAUGCCAAAAAUAAAUGUUCACAGUUCACAGCCUGUUAUGCCUUCAGCUUUGCUGCAUUGUUGGAUUUUAAUCAGUAGAGUUGGAUUUUAUUUUGUGCAGAGUAUCUUUGCGCACCGUCCCCUUUGGACCUGAGGAGGGAUUGUUUGUUGUUGGGCAAGUGUUAAAGUAUUUGUCACCAGGCAAUGGGCUCACCCUCUUCCCCUGGGUUUGUUACAGCACGAGACUUGUUUUUCAUGUUCCAUGAGAUCUUUCUCUGUUCAACUCCUGAAGAGAUUUUCCCCUCAUUUGUCUGCAGGUAACUUCUGAAAAAGCUCUGCAAAGAAUACGUUGUGAGAGCUUUGCCCAAGGAGUGCUCUAAGUCUAAAGGGACUUCAAAAUACACAGCAAUGACAACAAGAAAAAAUAAGUAGUAAAAAUAUAUUUCAAGUUACAAACCUAUGCAGUUAAGAGGAGGAAAUAAGAUUGUGCUGAAAAAAGAGAGGCUUGGGAAAGCGAGCAGAAGGCUACAGCAAUACAAAGACUGUGCUGCUCAGGAGGUUAUAUCUGUGAACCCCUGGCAUAAUAUUUGAAUUAUAAAUAUAAAAGAAUGGCAAGUCCUCUACCUCCCUAUCCUAGAUCACACACAGGGGAGAAGUUACAUCAGUGUCUGGAAUGUGGGAAACAAUUUGAUUGGAAAAGUUCUCUUACUAGACAUGAAAGGACCCACACAGGGGAGAAGCCAUAUGAAUGUGUGGAAUGUGGAAAGAGCUUCAGUCAGAGUGACAAUCUACAUUCCCAUCAAAGGACCCACACAGGGGAGAAGCCAUAUAAAUGCAUAGAAUGUGGAAAGAGCUUCAGUCAGAGUGGCAGUCUACGUUCUCAUCAAAGGACCCACACAGGGGAGAAGCCACAUAAAUGCAUGAAAUGUGGAGAAAGCUUCAGUCACAGUGGCAGUCUACGUUCCCAUCAAAAGACCCACACAGAGGAGAAGCCACAUAAAUGCGUAGAAUGCGGAAAGAGCUUCAGUCACAGUGGCAAUCUACGUUCCCAUCAAAGGACCCACACAGGGGAGAAGCCAUAUAAAUGCAUGGAAUGUGGAAAGAGUUUCAGUCAGAGUGGACAUCUACGUUCUCAUCAAAGGACCCACACAGGGGAGAAGCCACAUAAAUGCAUGAAAUGUGGAGAAAGCUUCAGUCACAGUGGCAGUCUACGUUCCCAUCAAAAGACCCACACAGGGGAGAAGCCACAUAAAUGCGUAGAAUGCGGAAAGAGCUUCAGUCACAGUGGCAAUCUACGUUCCCAUCAAAGGACCCACACAGGGGAGAAGCCAUAUAAAUGCAUAGAAUGUGGAAAGAGCUUCAGUCAGAGUGACAGUCUACGUUCCCAUCAAAGGACCCACACAGGGGAGAAGCCAUAUAAAUGCAUAGAAUGUGGAAAGAGCUUCAGUCAGAGUGACAGUCUACGUUCCCAUCAAAGGACCCACACAGGGGAGAAGCCAUAUAAAUGCAUAGAAUGUGGAAAGAGCUUCAGUCAGAGUGACAGUCUACGUUCCCAUCAAAGGACCCACACAGGGGAGAAGCCAUAUAAAUGCAUAGAAUGUGGAAAGAGUUUCAGUCAGAGUGGACAUCUACGUUCCCAUCAAAGGACCCACACAGGGGAGAAGCCACAUAAAUGCAUGAAAUGUGGAGAAAGCUUCAGUCAGAGUGACAGUCUACGUUCCCAUCAAAAGACCCACACAGGGGAGAAGCCACAUAAAUGCAUGAAAUGUGGAGAAAGCCUCAGUCAGAGUGACAGUCUACGUUCCCAUCAAAGGACCCACACAGAGGAGAAGUCACCUUAAUGCACGGAAUAGGAACAGAGCUUUAGAAAAAGUUCAGCAUACAGUAGACAUCACAGAACUCAUGUACCUCUAGAGGAGACGGGCCUUUGAGUUUCCGAAUCUAUAAAAACACAUUGGAAGGAAAGAGGAAGGCCAGCACCUUGCUCUCUCUCCACCAUGAAUCGGAGUUUGUGUGGCCUUGGUUGACGGCUACUGGGAGCAGGUGUCACUCAGAAUGGCAGCAAGCUUGGAAGGGGUUCACCUAACCUCCUCCGCAAAGAGACCCAUUGCAGGCUUCUAGGAUGAUGUGUGAAGGUUUGCUGAAAUGAGCAGCAGCAGAGAUCUCUGGAUUAAAGGGUUCUGAAAAAGAAUAGCUCUUUGGUUGCAGAUAACGUCAUAUCUUCAUACUCCUGCCUUAUUUCUUGGCUCUUCUGCAUUCAAUGGCAUCAAUUGUUUCCCAUGCAUGUGUACUGUAUGUACUGUGAUCUGUCCUGAGUCCCUUGGUUGAAAUUUUGGGUGCUAGCCCUGUACUUUUAACCCUUUUCUGGACUUUGUUGUAUCCUGAAUCAUUGACUCUAAAUUCUGGACUGACGUCUAGGUUUCGUAUAUGGACUUGGACUUUGUUUGUAUCCCUGACUUUCUGGCUUGACUUUGGGACUCUAAAUUCGGUUUGUACUCUUGAUUUCUUGGUUGUUGUUUUAUCAACUCAGCUGAAUGAACUCCUGGCAUGUGACUGUUGGGACUGUGACCUUGGUUCUUGUUAAUUUUCACUCCUGACCUGUAUCUGCAGUACUCAACUUGUCCGCAAUAAUUGGACUCUUGACCUGCACUUGUAUUCAUUGUUCCUUCAACUGUGUUGCUCCAAUUAUUUUAGCUCAGUGGCUCCCAACCUUUUUUUAACUAGGGAUCAUUUGUCAAGGGACCACUCUCCAAAAUUAGUACCAGAAGGGUUAUAAAUCAGUUUUUGGUCAACUUUAGAUUUGGUUUGGUUAUUUGGAGUGAUGAUUCAGAAAAUUGCAUUGGAUAGACCACGUCAGCUCUCAUUCCUGAUAUGCCAUCCAGUUAGUCGUCAUCUGCUCGCCCACAGAAAACCAUAUUUAAUAAUCCUCAGGACUAUAAGAGGGUUUCGCAAGACCAGUCACUCUCAUUGUAAUGGUGUAGUAACUGUGAGGCUGUGAACCCUAUUUUAGUUCUUGCGGACCACUGGUGGUCCAUGGACCCCAGGUUGGGAACCACUGUUUUAGCUGGACUGAAGACUUUAGUUUUCCUAUAAAAUAAUAUGGUCUUGUCUUGUGUUUGCUUAAUAAACCUCAGACUUUAUACCGAGAGAGCCCUGGAACAUGAGACCAUCAGCCUUGCUUUGUGUGUACUUAUCCCUGUGUAGAGUGAAACCCUUUCUGGAUAUGAGACUGUUCAAUCCCCACCUUUGGCAAAGGGUCCAUUAGGACACACAGUAUCCUUCCCCAACUGCAGAGAAUGGAAGACAAAAAAUGACUACAACGACUGAUGAAGAUUCAUGAAUCCGUUGAGAUGGACAUAUUAACUACAUUCAUGAAGUAUAGAACCGCAUUGAAAGGAAAUAAGAGAUACAAAUCAUAUAGUGAGUGAGUUUUGUAAAUUAGCGUUUGAUGUCAGUUAGUUUUGUUCUUAUUGUCCAAGGUGUGUGUCCUUGUUCCCUUUAUAUUUGUUAAAUAGUCCUUUUUUUAAAAAAAUGUACCAAAAUUAUUAUUUGUAUAAAAUAUUGUUUUUAAAUACCAAAAUUGUAAUUUGUGUAAACAUGCUUUGAUUUGUUUUUCUUCUUUAGUCUUUGAAUAAAUAUUGUUUUUUAAAAA